GGCGCCGCGGCCGGGACGAGAGGGGACUGCGGAAGUAGCGGCGGGGCGGCGGCGUGUGAACUAGGAUGAGUUCCAUGCUGGUGGACAUGGCCAGGACUGAGAAUUCUUCAAUGUAUUCCACAAUGCUCCCAGGAAGUGCUUUGGACGAGGAUGGUCAGAGAUUGCGUCGGCAGAGGCUUGACAAUCAGUGGAAUCUCUUGAAGCAGAAACAGAGACGGAAACGGCAGGAUAUUCUAAUGGUUCAGGCUAACCCAGAUGCCAAGGUGAAGUCCAGGCAGCUCAAAAAGGCUGAAGGGCAGUCCUCGGCAUUUGAAACACAUAGUAUCAACAUGCUUGCAGACUUCUCCUGCAAGAUCCCAGUGGAGGAGAUAUCCAGCGCCCAGCUCCGCUUAGAGUCUCUGGAUAAUGGGGACAGCUUGCUUCUGGACCGAGAGAUUCACAACAAGGCUAUGAUCACCAAGGAACAGGCAUGGAGUCUGGAAGAAGAUGUCCUGGAGGUGUCCGUGGAGGAGCUGCAGGAGAACGUGGUGGGGGGCCCACAAAAUCUAUUCAAGCUUUGUGAACAUCCGGCGGUAAUGGCUGAGGGAGGCCCGAGAGUAAAGAAAGGUCCGAGUCCAUCCAAACACAGGAGCUCAGCCGUUCCACCUGAAUCGUUAGCCGACGACUUGAAAGUGACCGACACCGGCCACAAGCUCCAAACCCCCCUGAAGGUGAUAUCCCGGACGGGAGCAAACGGCGAGAAGAGGCAGUGGUGGAAGGAAGCGGGCGAUGAGAUCGUGGCCUUUCGGGAAGAGGUGGAGGAGACGGACCGGAAGGUUGAAAUCUUCACGGUGGACGACUCGAGCGAAGACCUGGAGGAAGUUGUCACUGUGCCAGCUUCGACGAAGAGGAACAGGCGAAGGAAGAUAAGAGCUCCAGCACGGAAGAAGCUCAUCGACAAGGAGUUGGAUGAGGAGAAGGCGAUGGAAGAGACGGAAGCAGGGGAGGAAGAGGAGGAUGAGGACGAGGAAGAUGAGGAUGAGGAUGAAGAUGAGGAUGAUGAUGGUGAUGAUGAUGAUGAUGAUGAGGAGGAGAGAGAAGAGGAGGAGAGCAUCUCCCCUCAGAUCCACAACAGCGAGCAGUCAGACUCCAUCCCACCCAUCAUCACCUGCGAUGAUGAAUCCAGAACUGAGGGUGUCCCAAUUAAAGUGGGAAACGUGGAAGAAUUUGCCUUCAAGCCUGCGCCCCAAGGAACCGUUGUCAAAUGUCGGAUCACACGGGACAAGAAGGGAAUGGAUAAGGGAAUGUUCCCGACCUACUACCUACACUUGGAGAGGGAUGAUGGGAAAAAGGUUUUCUUGAUGGCCGGACGGAAACGCAAGAAAAGCAAAACGUCCAACUACCUCAUCUCUACCGACCCAACAAACCUGUCCCGCGCUGGCGAGAGUUUCAUCGGCAAGUUGAGGUCCAAUGUGUUUGGGACCAAGUUCACGGUAUUUGAUAAUGGCGUUAAUCCAGAGAAGACUCCCAUUGUUGCUGAGACCCCGGCCAUCCGCGAGGAGAUCGUGGCAGUCUGCUAUGAAACCAACAUUCUCGGGUUUAAAGGACCUCGGAAAAUGACAGUGAUUAUUCCAGGAAUGAACAUGGAGAGCGAGAGGAUUUCCAUUCGACCAAAGAACGACCACGAGACGCUGCUGACACGUUGGCAAAACAAGAACAUGGAGAACAUCAUCGAGCUGCACAACAAGGCCCCGGUCUGGAAUGAAGACACUCAGUCCUACGUGCUAAACUUCCACGGGCGAGUCACCCAGGCCUCUGUGAAGAACUUCCAGAUAAUCCACGCCAAUGACCCUGAUUAUAUCAUCAUGCAGUUUGGCCGGGUGGCAGAUGACGUAUUCACCAUGGACUACAACUAUCCCAUGUGCCCCCUUCAGGCCUUUGCAGUCGCCCUUUCUAGUUUUGACAGCAAGCUGGCUUGCGAGUAGCGAACUGAGGCCUCCCUGCCACUGCACUGAAGGGCUUCUGACUCCCAAAUCAUCUGCAAAGCUGGAGAAGAUGGAAGUGACACCAGCUGAUCGAUGUAGAAAUCCACAGAUCUUCCGUCAAUUUACUGGGUUAUCUGACUUUGAUCCUGGGACAUUGUUUCUAAGGAAUACUGCCAGAGUCUGGGAAAAGUUUAAUGAUGAUCAUGAUAAAUCUUUGUACUGCA